CAGAAACCAUAACCUCAACUUAUUAACUCAAAUUCAAAACAUUAGAAAAAAAAAACAUUUCAAAAAUAAUAAAUUAAAUGUCACCCUUAGGAAAACUUUUUCUCCAUAGAACCUUAUCGCCCCUAUUAAGAAGACAUAUUCAUAAACACCCAUAUCGUGAAAAACCGGUAGUUUUCCAACGGGAAAAACUAUGGGAAACCCAAACGAAAAAACAUAUUUUCCGGGCGUUCGUCGUAAUUUGCUCCAGCUAUUUAACGUAUAGGACCAUAAAGGAACGUUAUGGUUUCAUACCACAUGUUAAUGCGGCCAGUACCUUCGAAGGGAAAAAUUUGGCAGGACGGAGGCAGCAAUUCAAUUUUAUAGCUGAUGUGGUACAAUCUGCAGCUCCCGCUGUGGUUUAUAUCGAAAUUAAAGAUGCACGGAGAGUAGAUUUUUUCACUGGUCGCCCUCUAACACUAUCAAAUGGCUCUGGUUUCAUUAUACAAUCAGAUGGACUUAUAGUGACAAAUGCUCAUGUUGUCACUAACAAACCUUCAGCAAUAGUUGAGGUUCGUCUUCUUGAUGGCCGAACAUUUAAAGGGGUAGUAGAAGACAUAGAUGUAAAAAGUGAUUUGGCCACUGUGCGCAUACCGACAACAAACUUACCCACAAUGAAACUUGGUAGUUCUGCAGAUUUAAAACCUGGGGAAUUUGUGGUGGCUAUUGGCAGUCCAUUGGCUUUGAGCAAUACUGUAACCACAGGUGUGGUCAGUUCUGCCCAAAGAGGAUCUGAAGAGCUGGGGCUAACAGGCAAAGACAUGAAUUAUAUUCAGACAGAUGCAGCUAUAACAUUUGGAAAUUCAGGUGGUCCACUAGUGAACCUUGAUGGGGAGGCAAUAGGUGUUAAUAGUAUGAAAGUAACCCCAGGGAUAUCAUUUGCCAUACCAAUCGAUUACGUCAAGGACUUUUUGAGGAAAGCAAAAGGUCCAAAAAAGCCCUCGGAUGCACCUAAAAGGGUUUAUUUGGGAAUAACAAUGUUUACUUUAACACCUCAGCUAAUUAAUGAGCUGGCUUUAAAGCAAGGUAAUAGAAUUCCAGAAGAUUUCCAGGGAGGCGUUUUGGUAUGGAAAGUUAUCACUGGAUCUCCUGCUAAUAGGGGAGGUCUACAACCAGGAGAUAUAGUAACCCACAUAAAUAGCAAGCAAAUUCGGAGUGCUCAAGAUGUAUAUGAGAUUUUAAAGAAUACAGAAACAAAAAAUUUGAAGAUGUCUGUACAGAGACAAGACAGACAUAUUGAAAUAAAUGUGCAACCUGAGGAUUUGAGCUAGAAUACAAUAAAAUAAGUGCAUAUAAUUAAAACUAAAUCUUGUUUUUGUUUAAUAGCAUUUUCUUUUUAAUAAUAUAUAUUUAUUAACAUAA